AUGGCGACCAAGUUUGAUGCCGAAAACGCUGAAAACCUCGAGGACAUCGAGAAGCAAUUCGCCGUGAAGGCGGUGAAGCAGAUGAUGACCUACUGGGGUCUUUUGGAGACGGUGGGGGGCUCCAACUUGAAGCUCACUCCCCAUGAUGACGACAUUUUCAACACCUUGUUGGAGGACUUCCCCGAAUUCAAGGACAAGGAGAACGUCAAGGUGAUCAAGGAAGAAGAGAUGAAGUCGCCCGAGGGCAAGAAGCGCUGGAGAGACUUCUGCGAGAAGUUCAACGAGAUGGACGACUACAACUUCGGCACCAUGUUGAGAGCGAAGUCGGACGAAGAGUACACCGAAGAGAACACCAUUUUCGCCGUGCGGAUCCAGUUUUACGCCAUCGAAAUCGCCCGUAACCGCUACGGGUUGAAUGACUGGGUGAAGAAGUAA